CAACAGUUUUGAUGACCUCAUUCUGCACUUCAGCUUCUCAUCAGAUUUUCUGUCCAAACAAAUGCUUUCUAGAAUCUGAAGUGUCCCGCCCCGUUAUAAAAAUCCGUGGUACUAAUUGUCAAGUACGGCUUAGCCCGAGCUGUGAGGUAAACCAAAUGCUAUUGGAUAUUUAAAAAGGGUCGAGGAGCCACUCAAUAUGCCCCGCCCUGACUUCCUGUUUCAGUGGUAAUUACGUCAACACAUCGAAUAACGCUGUGCAUUUUAAGGCACUUCACAAGGACUUUCAGCAUUCCAUUAGUCCUUUUUAGAUGUUUGGGGUUUUUUUUUGCAUCAUAUGAUGAAUACUAAUGUGAAAACACAGAAGGUUGUUUAUUAAUCGAGUUGCUGGUUCGCGAACAUUUUAAUAGGGUUCCUGGCUUGAGCAGCUGGUGUGCCAAGCAGUACUGUAACACUACCCCUUUAGAUGUACUUAAGUGCAAACAUGAGUCGUUCUUGUCAUUUUCUAGGCAGUAAUAUUCCUGUGUCAGUCUAAUGGUCUUCUAUUUAAUGGAAAAUGAUUGAACAGAAAAUCUGAGAACUCCAUGGAAACGUACACUUCAGAGCAGCAUGAUGGAACAGCAGGUAGCGUUGCUGCCUCACAGCUCCAGGUUCCCCGGUUCAAACCUGCGCUACUGUCUGUGUGGAGUUUCGCAUCUUCCCCCGCUGUCUGUUCGGGUUUCAUAUUUUCUGGAAGGAUUACACUGGGCUAAGGUCGGUAAGUGUAGGCUUACCUGCUUCUACCUAUGGAGCAUUUUCACAUAUCCUGCAAUUUCUAUAGAAUUACCUCAUUCCCAGCCUGUGUUCUGUUCUUAACAUUGCACUCACGGCACAUCACUAUAGCUAAUGUAGAUUUCACCAUAGCGAAGGAGCUGCAGCUAACUGAAAAUGUGGCGCAAAAUUAAGACAGUUGGCAAAAACCGCACGAAAGCUUGUAAAGUUUUGGGAAACGGUAAGAUUAAGUGCAGUUUUACUCAAACACGAAUUAGCCUAGCGCAAGAGCACGACAUGCCAUAGUGAGCACCCAAAGAGGAAACAUCCCGGUGAGAGCUCCGCGACAGAGCAUUGUGGUAUGAAUGAUAAAUAACGGACGACAGAAUAUGGGCAUAAAUGAUAAACGAGGCUCAUAUUUAUACCAGAGCAUGAGCUGAACUCAUUUACUUCCAUUUCAUUCCAGUCUCACAGCAAUACUAGCAAACACGUUAGAGCUGUAUAGGAAAUCUUUUCAAAUCACUCUGGACGCUAAAAGAGUUAAACCAGUAGUUUGAUAAAAGCAGUUCAUACUAGAUUAAAGUCAUUUUGAUUACCUGAUUGAAUAGAGGUGUGGUUUUUAACAGUUAUGGCGUGUGUUUGUGUGUGUUUGAGAGAAACAGUGGUAACAGUGUACACGCCGCUUCAGUGUGUUCAUACCUGCGUCUUGUGGAUGAACGUUCAUGUCUGCUGUUUUAAAGCGAGACUUGUAUCUGUCUUCUAUUACGUACUCUCAUGGAAAUGAUAUUUAUUUAGUAGCACUGAAUUAUGGCAGUCUGCCAGCGCAUGUUUUAAAUUAUGUGCUCGUGCAGAGCCUGCUGAAAGUUGGGCUGGCUGGAUUGUCCAGAACGCCCCCGUGUUCAUUAAAAGAAGGCACAGGACUGAAUGAACGUCGCUCUGCCACACACAGGCUCGUCUGAAGCUUGGUGACUCAUUGGAUUUUUUCCUGCUCUGUUGAUUUCCAGUGCAGAUGUGCCUGUACACAUGCUGGAGUGCUGUAUGAAAGACCUCUCCCCAAGAUUUUCUUUUUAAUCCAUGCUGGGUACAUGUAGCUAUGCAGGCUGCUGUAAUCCCUUGAAGAUUCCCUUAACUGUGAGAUCUUGGAGUUUGUGUGUGUGUGUACCCUCACACUCAUAUGUGGUUCUUCCCCAAACUGUUACCACAAAUUUGGAAGCACACAGUUGUGAAGAAUGUCUUUGAAGGCUGUAGCAUUACAGUUUCCCUUCACUGGAACUAAGAGGUCUAAACCUGGUCCAGCAUGACGAUGCUCCUUUGCACAAAGCGAGCUCCAUGAAGACCUGGUUUGCUAAGGUUGGAGUGGAAGCGCUCGAGUGGCCUACACAGAGCCCUGACCUCCACCCCACUGAACACUUCUGGGACGAACUGGAAUACCAACUGCGCACCAGGCCUCCUCGCUUGAUGUCAGUACAUGAACUCGCUAACGGUGACAGUGGUGAACAAUCAUGCCACGGUCAAAAUCACCGAGAUCACAUCAUUUCCCUAUCCUGAUGGCCGAUGUGAACAUUACCUGUAGCUGCUGGGCCCUAGCUGCAUGCCACUUGAUUGACUGAUUAGAUAAUCGCGUGAAUGAAUAGGUGUACAGGUGUUCCUAAUAAAGUGCUCAGUGAGUGUAUAUAUACACAUGUACAUACACAUGCGUUUAAAGGAAUGUUGCUCUGCUUCUUCACCAGUGUGUUAUGAUUCUACUGUGAGGGAGGGAAGGCUGUAUUUUAAAUGCAUUGAGCUCUCAAUCUCCAGUCCAUCUGAUCCACUGUUCUAUUUUAUCUGAGAAUGACCAGUAAGACGCAUACGUGCUUGUUUUUUCUGUAGAAUAAUAAAUGAUUGAGUGGGGACCUGUGCACAGUUUGAGAUCAGUGUGAUCUCAGUCUUGCAUUUGUCUGUUCUAAUAGAUUCUCCUCCCAGCAUGCAAAACGCUCAGCGGAGAGAAACAUGCCUCUGCAUUUUCCCCUCCGUUUGCAUUCCUUUGUCAGGGCUGCUCUUCCCUGAAGUGAGUGACAGGUCGAGGUACAGCUCUUACGCUGCUAGAGCUCGCUGGAGAGAGAGUAACUGCGGUGAAGCUCUGCAGGAAACAAACAUGUUCUCAGCAACGUGGGAACGGAUUGUCUUCUGUUGUCUAGAGGGAAGGUAUAAAAAGCCAGUGUGUGCUCUUACUACUUCAUGAAGUCUCACCUUUGCUUUUGCUACUGAAAGAAUGUAGAGUGCUGUCUGAGUGACCUUUAGUGCCUUGUGCUCUGUCUGCCUGUGCGUGGGUUAGUAUUAAUUACAUGUUGUAGCAUUAGCACGAGAGUCCAUGCGCUUGUCAGUUUGCAAAUGCCAACACGUGAACUUCAGUCUCUUCUAGUGGGAACCAGUGUUGCAAACAAAGCAGGGUGAAUUAGUCUGUCCCAUCCUCAUUUCCUACAGGUGGAAACAUAAAUUAGCCCCCGCCUUUGACUUUAAUUAUUUUUUCCCCCCAAGGGAGUGAAAGGUGUAUUUUCCUUGUUUCGCUCUGAGUGAGAGUGAAUAGGUUGCAGCGAUUUGGAAAGCAGGUUUGUCACGCACUCUGUACUGGUGAGUAAAGCAGGUUUGUGCCGUGGUUGUACAGAUUUUGUACAAUGCAGAUUUGUGAAAAAGCCUCUCUGGCUCUUAAGAGUAGAGCAUUUUUUUUGUAACGCAUAGAGAAGGGCACAAUUUACAGGUACAUUAUGCUGGUCUUUGUGAAAGGUUCUGCAUCACUGCAAUCAGACUGGUUUGAAAAAUGUCACAAUAAAACGUACACAAGACUGUGCGGGGGCUGGAUGUUUGUCACUGUCACCCUCCGUCCGUUCCCUCUCAGAUGUCACCACGGAGACAGGAGGAGGCUACAGGGAUAGGAGAGACGCAAGAAACCUGGAUUUAUUGCACAUUUUUUUACACAAUUAGAGGAGAAGCUGAUGGAUUAAGUGACUGACCAAAAGGAGCUCCGUCCACAGCAAGAAACUUCCACUGAACAACUUUGCAUUCACUGGGGCCUCGAGUGAGCAUCCUCAUCAGAGUUGGAUUACUGUUUCCUAGCAUGGCCAGGUUUCUGCAGGGUGCGCUGUUCACCAUCCUGCCCCUGUGGUGGUCAUCCUCAGAGCAGCCGUUGCUGAGAGCUGCGAAAGCGCCAGCCGCACUUCUCUGUUACCAGUAAUAAAGAAAGCUGUGUCGCAUCAAAUCGUACAUGUUUGUGGCAGCAUAAAGGCGUGAGAGAGAGAGAGAGGAGAGAGACAAAUGAUCCUUUGAGGAGAGGCAGAGUACUGUCGUAAGAAUCAAGAGCAAGAAACCCAAUCGUCUUAAGUCAAGCUGUGGAGGAAGCUGACACGCUGUGUUGGAUAAAGAGUGCACACGUCUUGGUAUACAGCAACCUGACCGUGAAGCAAACCCGUUGAGUCGAGGUGGCCAGAGACGGAGUUUACAGGAGGAGGCUAGUCAUGGGCUAUGGGGGCCAUGGUGACUUAACGUAAAUGGCUCCUCUUUGCUCAAAGUGUGUACCAGUGUGUGCUGCUCAACCCUUUCCUUCCUUUCACUUUUCCCCCUGUAUCCCCUCUUCUUCUGGCUACGAAGGUCUGCUCACCCCAGUUGCUCCCUGGCUCCUGCUCUCCCUCUGUGGCGAUGGGGCUGUGGAAGCUCCUGCGGGGCAUCAGGCAGCUGGAGCUCCACCGCCUCAUCCUGGUGCUCAUUAUAUUUUGCCUACUGUCUAUGGCGCUCCUGGCUUACUAUGUCAGCAACAGCCCCAAGAUAAAGGAGGCACCUCCGCUGCCCUUCAGUGACUGUGGUGAAGUAGUCGCAGCAGGGGAUGGCCUGCAGCACGUCCCGCUCUUCUUGCCCCCAUUUGUUGGCCGCCAGCGGACUGUCAAAACAGUGGACAACUCUCGCACAGAACCUGUUGUGCUAGUGUUUAUAGAGAGCAUCUACUCCCAGCUGGGACAGGAGAUCGUGGCCAUCCUGGAGUCCAGUCGCUUCCGUUACCACACAGAGAUUGCCCCUAGCAAGGGCGACAUGCCCACUUUGAUGGAACGAGACCGGGGCCGGUACGCUCUAGUCAUCUAUGAGAAUGUCCUUAAAUACGUCAACUUGGACGCAUGGAACCGAGACCUUCUCGACAAGUAUUGCUCAGAGUUUGGCGUGGGUAUUAUCGGCUUCUUCAAAGCCAACGAGAACUCGCUGCUUAGCGCUCAACUUAAAGGCUUUCCUCUUUUCCUGCACUCUAACUUGGGCCUGCGGGACUACAGAAUCAACCCCGUGGCACCGCUGCUCUAUGUCACUAAGCCCAACGAAGUGGAGCAAGGUCCACUGCCAGGUGAUGACUGGACUGUUUUCCAAUCCAACCACAGUACCUAUGAGCCUGUGCUACUAGCCAGCACCAAGUCAUCAGAGGCCCUAGCUCACCUUGGUCCCCAUCGAGUCCUGCAUGCCACCGUGGUGCAGGACCUGGGCCUUCAUGAUGGGAUCCAGAGAGUUUUGUUUGGCAACAACCUUUCAUUCUGGCUGCACAAGCUGAUUUUUGUCGAUUCUAUCGCUUAUCUAACUGGAAAGAGACUAUGCCUGUCUCUGGAGAGACACAUACUUGUGGAUGUGGAUGACAUCUUUGUGGGAAAGGAAGGAACGCGCAUGAAGGUGUCAGAUGUGAAGGCUCUCCUGAACACACAAACCAAACUACGAACACUAGUCCCAAAAUUUACCUUCAACCUCGGCUUCUCCGGAAAGUUCUACCACGCAGGGACUGAAGAGGAGGAUGAAGGUGAUGACAUGUUGAUGCAGCACAAGGAGGAGUUCUGGUGGUUUCCUCACAUGUGGAGUCACAUGCAGCCGCACCUCUUUCACAACGUCAGCGUGUUGUCCGAGCAGAUGAGGCUCAACAAACUCUUUGCACAGGAGCAUGGGAUCCCCACUGAUAUGGGCUAUGCUGUGUCACCACACCACUCCGGGGUUUACCCUGUACACAGCCAACUCUACGAGGCCUGGAAGAACAUUUGGGGGAUUCAGGUGACAAGCACGGAGGAGUAUCCCCACCUGAGACCAGCCCGCCAUCGUAGAGGGUUCAUACACAACGAUAUACAGGUGCUGCCCAGGCAGACUUGUGGUCUCUUCACACACACUAUCUUUUAUAAUGAGUACCCUGGAGGCUCUCGUGAACUGGACAAAAGCAUCCGUGGAGGAGAGCUCUUCCUCACCGUUCUUCUCAACCCAAUCAGCAUCUUUAUGACUCACCUGUCUAACUAUGGAAAUGACCGCUUGGGCCUGUACACCUUUGAGUCUCUAGUAAAGUUUGUUCAGUGCUGGACCAACUUACGACUUCAGACUCUACCCCCUCUGGAGCUGGCAGAAAAGUACUUCCAAAUCUUUCCAGAGGAGAGGGACCCACUGUGGCAGAACCCCUGUCAUGAUAAGAGACAUAAAGAUAUCUGGUCUAAAGAGAAGACUUGUGAUCGGUUGCCCAAAUUUCUCGUUAUUGGCCCCCAGAAAACAGGAACCACAGCCUUGCACUCUUUCCUCACCCUGCACCCAGCAAUCACUAGCAGCUUCCCCAGCCCCGUCACUUUUGAGGAGAUCCAGUUCUUCAAUGGCCCCAGCUAUCACAAUGGCAUCGACUGGUACAUGGACUUCUUCCCCUUCCCCUCGAACGCCAGUACAGACUUCAUGUUUGAGAAAAGUGCUAACUACUUUGACACUGAGGUGGUCCCCAAGAGGGCUGCAGCCUUAUUGCCCAGGGCCAAGAUCAUCGCUGUGCUCAUCAACCCAGCCGACAGAGCCUACUCCUGGUACCAGCACCAGCGGGCUCAUCAAGACCCAUCUGCUAUAAACUACACCUUCCAUCAGGUGGUGACAGCAGGACAGUCAUCCUCUAAAGAGCUCCUGGUGCUGCAGAGCCGUAGCCUCAAGCCUGGAGAGUACGCCACUCACCUGGAGCGUUGGCUACUGCAUUUUCAGUCCAAACAGCUACAUAUAGUCGAUGGAGCUAUGCUGCGCUCCAAUCCUGCCCUGGUCAUGGAGGGAAUCCAGCGGUUUCUAGGAGUCACCCCUAUUUUUAAUUACACCCAGGCUCUCAUGUUUGAUGAGAGUAAAGGGUUCUGGUGCCAGAGGAUAGAGGGAAGUCGUCCUAAGUGUCUGGGAAAGAGCAAAGGCAGGAAAUAUCCAGAAAUGGCUCCUGAGACGCGUGCUUUCCUGACGGAGUAUUACCGGGAGCAUAACAUGGAGUUACUGCGACUGCUGAACCGACUCGGCCUGACACUUCCCUCCUGGCUCAGAGAGGAGUUACAGAGCAGUAGCUGGAGCUGAGAGAAUCCUGCUGUACCCGUACACACUCAACACAUAGGAGCCUGACAAUCGAGAGAGGCGUACACUCAGGGCUGAGUCAAACCCUGCUACUCCUUGCAACACUAUAGGAUCAACCACACUAUAGUGACUAUGAGCUGCGGUGUGUGACCAUGGAUACAGAGGGAAUACGUGGACUGCGACAAUCAGCCCGUCCUUUAGGCAUGAUGGUAACACAUGGUCUUAUUGAUCCUGUUGGACUUGGGAGGAUGAGGGUGAAUGCUGGUAAUCCUUCACUCUGUGGAUGCAGCUUUGUUUUGACUAAAUCCAGACUUUUCUCACCAGGACUUGGGUACACCAAAAGUGUGGAACGCAUGAAUGAACUCAUGAAUUAUCCGCACUUACGCUAGCCUUGUUCAUCUCUUCAGAGAAAUGAUUGUAAAACAUUGUACAUUUUAAAGUGUUGUAUAUUUUGGGUCUGAUUGGGUCUGAUGGGAUCCUGAUGAAAUGGACACGAUCUCAGCCGUGACUUUAGUGUACAGGACAGACGUCGGUUUAAGCAGGGCAUGUAGAAAGCGCCAGUCUGCAGCUCCUCUCCUCUCCUCAUACACGGACUAUGCACAAUGAGGUGUUUAGAACUUAUGCAAGAAGUUGAUGUGAAGUCUAGUGUCCCAUCAAAAUGUUGACAACAGUGUCUGUCUAAAGUGAAUUAUGAGCUCUCUGCAAAUCUCCAAGCAUCUUUUAAACAUGACCUUUUUUGUUUUUAAUCCAAAUGUACACUGUGACCAGGUGCAGUGUGCCUCAUGCAAAUGUCAAGUCUGUCCUGUUCUGUGUAAGGAUCUCUGAGUGGAGAGAGGAGAAGGGCUGCAUUAUGAACCUGUGGUAUGCCCUGCAAACACGAGUUACUGUCUACUUUUAUUUUUUAUUUUGUAAAAAAAAAAACACAAAAAAACUUUUAAAACACCCAACGCUGUAUCAUCUCUAAUAAACGCUUAGAGAGGUUGGAAAGGCA